AUGACAGUCGGCGUAGUAGAAUCGCCCGCCGGGCUUCAGGAAACCGGCGACGAUCUCCGCCCAUCGCCUCAUGUCGGGGAGCCAGCAGGUGGCGCCCCAGGUCACAUAGACGAGAUCGAACGAGGCCGGCUCCGGGAUCGCCGACGGCGCGUCGUAGAGAUCGGCGCAGACGAAGCGUGCUCGGCCGGUCAAUCCGAGCUCGACGGCGAGCGCGUUGGCCGCGUCGAUGGCGGCCGGCGAAAAGUCGAGACCGACGACGGUGGCGCCGCGUUGCGCGAGGCAGAGCGUGUCGGCGCCGAAAUGGCAUUGCAGGUGAAGCACCCGCAGGCCGCGCACGUCGCCGAGCUCGGCCUCCUCUAUGGCAUUCAGCCGGCCGCGUCCGGCGCGCAACGGCGCCAGAUCGUAGCCUGGCGCCUUGAGAUGAAUCCCGACGCUACUUCUGGAACUCCACGGGCGCCGACGCUGAACGUGAUCCCGCAGGCCAGCACCUACGUCUCGGCCUCGCCGAAGCUCGGCCUGCUCUAUCACUUCGACGACACCUAUUCGGGCUACUUCCAGUACGCGACGGGCUUCCGCGCGCCGCCGUACGACAAUGCGAACUUCGGCUUCACCAAUGCCGCCUCGUUCUACCAGAUCCUGCCCAACGCCAACCUGAAGCCCGAGACCGCCAACUCCUUCGAAGUCGGUCUCCGCGGCAAGUACGAGAACGGAUCGAGCUGGCAGCUCACCGGCUUCUACAACCUCUACAACAACUUCCUCGAAACCACGGUCGUCGGCAUGGUCGGCCCGAUCACCCAGUUCCAGUACGUCAACCUCACCAACGUGACGAUCUGGGGCAUCGAGGCGCGCGGCGAGUACCGCUUCGCACCGGAAUGGGCGGUCGCCGGCUGGACGGCCUUCGCGCAGGGCACCGACACCCGGACCGGCCUGCCGGUCGAUUCGGUGUCGCCGUGGACCACGCAGGCGCGCAUCCGCUACGGCUUCGACAAGGGUCUGGUGGCGCAGCUCAUCGGCACGGUGGCCGCCGCGCACAGCGCCGUCAGCAGCCCCACCGGCCUUCCAGGCUCCGGCCUACUUCAACCUCGACGCCACCGUCGGCUACGUCAUCAACGACCACUUCAAGUUCAAUGCCGGCGCGUUCAACAUCACCAACGCCAAGUACUGGAACUCGCCGGACAUGGUCGGCGUCCAGGCCAACAACCCGCUGAUCGAUCUCUACGCUCAGCCCGGCCGCUACUUUGGCGUCAACCUGACGGCGAAAUGGUAGUCCCGGCAGCCCUCUCUGCCGAGCGACUGCCGGCGCCACCGGCACGCGGUCCGCGCGUGCCGGUGGCGUUGUCGCUUGCUCUGCACGGGCUGGCCAUCGUUCCCCUUCUUCUCGCCGGCAUGUCC